AUGGAUCUUACAACCCUAUUUUACAAUCUUCGAGAAGAAGUGUCUUGUUCAGUGUGCUCGGACUUAUUUACGGAUCCUAAACAUCUCUCCUGUCUGCACAGUUUCUGCUUAAAGUGUCUGAAUCGAUGGUACGAAACGUGCGGCGGCGGACAGGCCAUUAAAUGCCCGAAGUGUCAAACCCUAAGCAGAGUACCUGCAAGCGGUGAUCUAAAAGAUUUUCCGACAAGCUUUUAUUUGAACGGCUUGAUCGAUGUUCUAGCUAUAAAAGAAUGCAAAAGCACUCAAGUUACAUGUGGAAACUGCGACAAGAAGAGUUCAGAAGCUUCGUAUUGUUUCCAGUGUUGCAUAUUUUAUUGCGAGCAAUGCCUGGUUGGUCACAAUAUGAUGCGAGACAGAAAGGAACACCGCGUAUUGGCAGUGAAAGAGUUCCAAGACAAGGACUACGAGGAUGUAUUGAAGCGACCAGUGUUUUGUUCAAAGGAACGACACCAGAAAGAAGAACUCAAAUACUACUGCAAAGAAUGCGAGACGGCUCUUUGCCAAACUUGCGUCACUUUGAAUCACGGAGGUCAUGAUUUGAGAUUAAUCGAAGAAGAAGCCGAAAACAAAACAAUCGAAAUAAAAUCUAUCCUUCAAUCGCAGAGAGAAGAGUUAGAUGCAAAACUAAACGUAAUUGUUCAACUAGACGAAGACUGUGCUAAAGUGAUUCAACAAAGUGAAAUCGCCAGGAGAGAUGUCCAAAGGUUUGCUGAUGCCUUGAUCAAAACAAUUCAAGCAAAAAUGCAAAAUAUUAUUACCGCUGUGGAAAACCAAACGAAGAAGUCACUCGAAAGUUUAAAAGCAAAAAGAAGUGCGAUUCAGCAACAGAUAAAUGCCGCCGAAUCAUCACUGAUUAAAGCUGACAAACUUCUAAAACGAAGUACCACCGCGGAAGUUGUUCAACUUAAAAAAUCACUACAAACAAUCUUUCAUGGAUUGAAUCAAACCGAGCCUCUUGUUUAUGACCCCAGUAGUCUAAAAACGUUUGGUUUCGUGGAAAAUCAGAAGAUGCUUGAUGUCGUCAACGAGGAAGACAUUGGAUUCUUGAAAGAACCUUCUCAAACAAAAGCAAGUGAAUCACUGGCUGAAGGUGAUGGACUGAAAGAAGGAAUUGUAGCGCGUAAAGCUCAAUUCAAUUUGAUCACAAGAAGCGCAGGGAGAAAGCAGUGGUAUGAUGAGAGGGACCGUGUCAUGGUAGAGAUCAAGAACGAACAAGAACGAGAAUGCGUGACCCAAGUGAAAAUAGAUGAUAACAAAAAUGGAAUCUACAAAAUCACUUAUUUUCCUAUAGUUCAGAGGACAUUCAAAUUAUUAGUUAAGGUAAACGGGAAACAUAUUUCUUGUAGUCCUUUUACUGUGAUUUUAAAACCAUUUCAAGUCAAACCUGUUUUAUCUUUUGGAAACAAAGGCUCGGGUGAAGGAAUGUUUAAGUAUCCUUAUGGGGUGGCAGUGAAUGAUGGGGACGAAAUAGUAGUAGCUGACUAUGCGAACCAUCGGGUUCAAGUGUUUGACAGUAAUGGUACUUUCUUAAGAUCCUUUGGUCGUAGAGGUCAAAAUGCUGGAGAGUUCAACUGCCCUAUUGGAAUAGCCAUUGAUAAGGAUAGACAAAUUUUCGUAGCAGACCUUCAUAACCACAGAAUACAGAUCUUUAGCUGGGAGGGGAGGCACCUGGGUUCAUUUGGUGGCAAAGGAAGCCUUGAUAGUCAGCUCUCUGGCCCUCGGGGUUUAUCCUUAGAUAGUACUGGUAAUGUUAUCGUUGCUGAUGCAGGUGACAAACUGAUUAAGAUCUUUACCCCGGAUGGUAGGUUGGUAAUGAAGAUAGGUGGGCAGGGUUCCUUAAAUGGUCCUGUUCACUGUGUUGAGUGUGGUGAAUAUUUCAUAGUGUCAGACAGAGAUGAACACUGUAUCAAAGUAUUUAACAUGGAGGGGCAUUUUCAGUACAAGUUUGGUAAGAAGGGGGAGGGGGAUGGGGAGUUUAAUUAUCCACGUUUUCUGUCGGUGACUCAGUCAAAGCACCUGUUGGUUUGUGAUGAGGAUAAUCAUAGAAUACAAGUCUUUGAACUAGAUGGGAAGUUUGUCGGAAAAUUUGGAACAAAUGGCAGCAAAUUAGGAGAAUUCAAUUAUCCAUUCUCAGUAGCUGUUCUAAGUAAUGACCAAAUUGUUGUGUGCGACAAAAACAAUCAUCGAAUUCAGAUAUUUCAAUGA